ACGUGAGAGACAGCUGCCUCGUGUCGUCACGUCCGCUUCGGGCAGCAAGCCAAUCGGGCUUGUGUUGAUGUCGGGCUGCUGAAUAUUCAUGAGGGAGAAUGAGAGGCGGCAGCAGCGGGGAGCGGAGGAGACGGUGAUACUGGGCAGCCGGGGUGUGUGAGGAGGGACGGAGGGCUGAGGCUUCUCUACAGCGUGUGUUGGCGCUAUACACCUCUCCCUGUAUAUAUACACCGCCUGACUCGUUAUAGUGGGAGAGCGGAGCUGAGUGCGGACAUUGGAGGAAGCCUGUCAGCGGGCCUACUAUCCUCAGUGUGGGAUCCUCUCCUUCACCAGGACCGGCGACACCUCCCCUGCCCUCCUCUCCUAGUGUGCAGGGGAGAAGAAUGAGAGAGAAUGAGCCAGAGAGACACCCUGGUACAUCUGUUUGCUGGAGGAUGUGGGGGCACUGUAGGCGCCAUUCUGACCUGUCCGUUGGAAGUUGUAAAGACCAGGCUCCAAUCCUCCUCUUCGAUCACACUUUACAUCUCUGAAGUACAGCUGAAUACUAUGAAUGGUGCCAGUGUUAACAGAGUGGUGUCACCCGGACCACUGCACUGUCUAAAGAUGAUCUUGCAAAAGGAAGGUCCUCGUUCACUCUUCAGAGGUCUGGGCCCCAACUUGGUGGGGGUGGCUCCUUCAAGGGCCAUCUACUUUGCAGCGUACUCGAGCUGCAAGGAAAGGCUGAACCAUGUGUUUGCUGCAGAUUCUACGCAGGUACACAUGGUCUCUGCUGGGGCAGCAGGUUUCACUGCAAUAACUGCCACUAAUCCAAUCUGGCUUAUUAAAACACGACUACAGUUAGAUGCAAGAAACCGAGGUGAAAGACGAAUGAGCGCUUUGGAAUGUAUCCGCAAGGUGUACAGCACAGAUGGCUUUAAAGGUUUUUACAGGGGCAUGUCUGCCUCCUACGCCGGCAUCUCUGAAACUGUUAUCCACUUUGUUAUUUAUGAAAGUAUUAAACGGAGACUGCUGGAAUAUAAGACUGCAACAGCCAUGGAUGAUGGGGAGGAGUCUACAAAAGAGGCUUCGGAUUUUGUUGGACUAAUGUUGGCAGCAGCAACAUCCAAGACAUGUGCCACCUCUAUAGCAUACCCACAUGAGGUUGUACGGACAAGGCUACGUGAGGAGGGCACAAAAUACAGGUCCUUCUUCCAGACGCUGUCUCUGGUGGUGAGAGAAGAAGGCUAUGGCUCCUUGUACCGUGGCCUCACAACGCACCUGGUUAGACAAAUCCCCAACACCGCUAUAAUGAUGUCAACCUACGAAGUGGUUGUUUAUUUGCUAAAUGGAUAGUAGCCUGGCGUGUAUUCUUGUCUGUGUAAAGAAGAUGGGUGACCAAAGAAUUGAAAGUGGACCAGGGAGCACCUAGAGAAGAAUAGUGAUGGUGACAACAACCAGAAAGGCUCAGUGUAACCAUCAUAGAAUGUAUGGAGAGCUGCUGAAUGUGCUCCUGCCACCUUCAUUGCAUGUGGUCUUUGGCCACUCAUGAGAUGGAAUUGAGAGGGUGUCAGAAUGGGCAUCAUCAUGCAUUUCACAGCUGUCAUUUCCUUCCUAAAUGGUAUGGUCCAUUAGGCUGUGUAAAGCUUGACACUAAUGGGAUGACAAACACAACGCUGUGCUGUUCUGUUUUACAGUGUACAGAUGGUGUGAGCCGUCCUGUUUCCUCUGUAUACUGUAAAACACACAGUACACCCAACACAUCCUAUUCCCUACACAUCUUUCUGCUGUGUCUCUGGCUGAACUUGAAGUUAUUGUAGAAGGAUACCAUUAUUUGAUGUGAGUUAUAUUAACAAUACCUGGAUGAUGUACAGUUUUUCUUGUUUUUUUAUUUUAAACAAGCUGCUGUUUAUUCAUCAGCUUUACAUGUGUUUCCCAUGACCAAAGUAAGUCCAUCUUGGUUUUCAGGUUAUGUAUUACAUCAGAAUCUGCCACACCAAAUACUUGAUUCCAGUCUAGAGUUCUACCUAUGUACUGAAAGUCAUGCUACGCUUCCUGUUUAUUGAAGAAUAUUUAUAUACUGUGAAAUUUUGCAAAAGGACAGUUGACCAGACAUAGCCUUCUGGCAUCGGGUUGCACAAGCAUUUUUUUGCACCUGCCAUUAUAUUGUAGCGCACAAAUACCAUUGGAUUUUUAAUGGUCAUAUAAGCUUCUUGGUGCUCAAGAUAUCAUGAGGCUUUCUAACACAUUAAAUUGUGCCUCCUCGCAUUACCGAGGGCUCAAGUUAUUUGCUUCCUUUUUCAAAUUUGUACAGUUCAAUGUAAGCUAUUUACCCUAUAUAGCCACUCCAUAAAAGUAGUUAAAAAAAAACGUAAUUAUACCUAAAAUGCAAAGUAUCCCAAAACUGAAGAGCCAUCUGUUUUGUGAAUGAGUUAAAAUGUAUGUGUAAAAUGUGCUUUCCUAUGAAAAAGGAAAAAAACAAAAAAAUAUUAUUUUAUAUAGUGUGUGUAUGUGUGUGGUGUUUUUUUGUUUGUUUUGUUUGUUUUUUUUUGGGGGGGGGGGGGGGAUGCAAUAUUCCAUUUCACUUCAAAUCUAUAGUUCAGCUAACCGUCUAUUUGAGCAAGUCUCUGCUAGGUAUAUGUGCAGUGUUAAAGCAGGGGAGGAGGGUCUGUGGUUUUUCAGCUGUUGUGGUACAAGUCAUUGGCUUGCAGGACUUGCUGAGACUUUUGGUUCAGCAGCAGCUGGAAAGGAAUGGACUGUGAAGUGUAAUAUACCCAUACAGCACUGUUUUCCUCUAAGAUUUGGCCAGCAGUUAAACGUCUGUUGUCUUGAGCAUCCAGCAUAUUGUAUUAUCCACAUUGUAUAUGUGGGCUUUUUCAUCUGAGAAGGUUGCUGUAGCAACCGUUCGAUGGUCAUACGAUGCAGGACAGAGCACACGCAGCCUUUUAUGGAUGACUAAAAAGUGAAAAUCUCUUUGCAGUGAAACAAAAUUUCUAAUCCAGGUUGACAUUGGGUAGUCCUCACUUUCAAUAGUAUGCUCAUCCGGUUUAUUUUCCAGAUCCGCACAAUAGUUAACCCGAAUCCCAAAGUGCUUGAGUGUCCACAGAUCAAUCCAGAUUUAUUUAUUGAGAGAAUGGUUGUCACCUCCCACCUACUAAGCUUUAUUAAUCUCAGUAAUGGGUUGUUUUAUUGGCCAAUAGUGAAGUUCUAAAAAGGUUCAUUUCUAAACAUAGGAAGUUGAGAUGAUAUGCAAAUACCCAUACAGCUGUGUGCUUUGGUCCUUUUUUUUUUUAUUUAUUAUUUUUUUUUUUCUUGCACUACACUUAAAAUUUUCAAAACCUUAUCCAUAUAGAGAAAAACUAAAUGUUUAACUGCAUUUUUACAUUGGUUUAAAAAGCCAAAUCAGUUCAGUAAAAAGCUCCACAAGCAACCUUUGCCUAGGAAAAAACAUUAAAUUCUGUUUUUUUUUUUUUAGUUUGUCAUACAGCUGUAUUGGAUCUGCAUGGAAUCUUGAGUGCUAGCAUGUGACAUCAGGCUAACUGCAAAGAUGACAGUUAUUUAAAGAAAACCCAAAAUAGGUAAUACAUUUUCUCUUUUGAUAACAGGCACUUGACUGUCUGCAAAUACAGUUUUGUAAAGGAAAAGUGCCUUGAGAACACUCUGAACCAGGAGUACAUGCUGCUAUGCAGAUCGCCUGGUGCUGGAGUGGAAUGGUCUCUCUUCCCAUUAUAGAUUAUACUGUUUUAUGUUAAAGCAGAAUCCGUUAAAUUAUUGAGCUACAUUUAGUAUAUUUAGCCUUUCUAUUGCCCAUUGCAGUUCCAUGUGAUCUGAUUGUAAUAAUGGUAUGCUUUAGGAGAGGGGGAGGGUUGUCAACAUAAUUUCACUGAGAACCUGAAUAUAAAUUAAUACAUGUGGUCUCUAGGCCUUUAUGGUUAAACAUAUGUGCAAUAUUUUUUUAGAGCUCUUACCAUCCAAUAAUUACACAUUUUUACUGGUGACGGAUUUUCUUCCUCCCAGUCUAAUGUGAACAGGUGCAGCCCAAGCCCGGUACUGGUAAAAUUGGCAAUCCAGUUAUUUAAGCCUUGCACUGUGUGAAGAAAUUAUACCUUUUUUUUCCCCCCCCCCCCCUUUUUUUUUUUACAUGUUCAGUUUAAGGAAUUCACAAAAUGAGAUUGAUCCAUUUGACUUAAGCAAUGAUGAUCUCUAUUUCACUAUGGCUCAAGCUGAGAUUGAGAUUUUGUUCUACAUACACAGAAUGAGGUUGCAGAUGCUUUACAUCCUUUGGCCACGUUUUAAAUAAGGUGCUGCAUGGUGGUUUACAGCUGUAAUAUAUUGUCAAUAGAUACAUGCACUGCUUGCUUGAUGAACAUUUUCUUCCAUCUCCAUAGCUUUUAUUCCAAUGGAUUGCAAAAUGCCUGUAUCUUUUCAUACUGUAAUAAUGUAAAACUUUGAUUAAUAAAGAAACAUUGUGUUGUA